UCCGCCUCACCGCCUCCCUCUGAAUCGAUGGACAUUGUCGUCUCUGAUACACCAGAUUGGGUAGACGACGACGAAAUACCUCGUCCGUCCGUGGUUCACGGUGUUCCACCGUUCAUAGACGACGACGGGGCUGAAGGUCCGACACCCCCCGACUGGUUCUUUUACGGAUCUGAACCUGAAGCUCCGUCCAAGGGUUUCAACGGAUCUGAAACUGAUUUUCCAUCCAAGGCCCUCGACCGAUCUAAAAAUGUUUCUCCGUCUAAGGGUUUCGACAGAUCUGAGCCUGAAGAUCCAUCGGAUGGCUUCUAUGUUUCUGACACUGAAGAUCCGUCUGAGGGCUUCUAUGGUUCUGAAACUCUACCUCCGUCCCCCUUAAUUGACGGUUCUGAAACUCUACCGCCGACCCCGUUACUCGACGGAUCUGAAAUUCAAGCUCCGGCUGUGGUGUUUGACGAUUCUGAAACUCAGCCUCCGUCGCCGCCGUUUGACUGGUCGGAGUCCAAGCCGCCUUCACAUGAUGUUAAUUGGUGGGAAAGUGAACCACCUUCCAUUAGUUUGGAUGAGCUCGAUGAAGGCGUUGGCCCUGCUGUGCCACCGGCGGUGGAGGUGGAGCCAAAAAGGGAGUAUAGCGACAAUGAAAAAGCAAUGCUACUCAUCAUGUUUCCUUGCCUCAAGGAUCUCAUUUAACUUGUUCCCCUCUGUCCAUUUGCUGCUUGCUGAUAUCCCAAAUUCUCAUUGCUGUCCUUGUAUGGAUGUUGAAUCUUUUGGCUGCCUCUGUAAAUGAACCUCUUGGCAGCACUCCAGCUUGACUUUGCUGUAGAAUAAACUGUGCAAUGAGAUUUUUUUCUUGGGUGUUCAAUGCUAAUGACAUCCGCUGCCUUCCACCUUGCCCCUGCACCUGCUGCUCCUGCUCAUGGUCCAACUCUUGGACCACCUCCUGCUCCAUAUGCCCAGUGAUGAAGAUUUUCUGAGGGUAUUUCACUUAAAUAGGUUUCCUUUUUUUUUUUUGUUUUGGUUGGUGGAAGUGAAUGGAGUAGAAAUGAAUGUACUUAUAGGAGUAGUUGGAGUUUGAAAUUCAUUGUAAAUUUUCCCUCCUUGUAUGAACAAAUUCCCUCCAUGGAAUUGGAGGCUUUCCC